AUGUGUAUACAAAAUCUUCUCUUUCCUUGUUCACUGCUUGUUGCAKGACAAUUGGAGGAAUGUGAUGAAAUAUGCUUUUCUCAUCAAAUAUACAUAACAGUCCAAACCAGCUGUASCUAYACSRCCAYMAAYAAGUWYAGUGGCMGGUUUACGUCACCUAACUACCCUUCAUACUACAAAAACCGAGAAAACUGCUACUGGUURCUKACYUCCAAUGGAAGAAUUUCUAUAUCAUUCGAAAGUUUYUACACUGAGAGUUGYUGUGAYAARGUUUAUGUUUACGAUGGUGGUUCGAGCUCGUCCAGAUUACUUGGUCAAUACAGUGGUUACAGUCUUCCUCCAAAACUGACCAGCUCAUCCAAACAGUUGUACGUGAGAUUUAUCUCUGAUGGCUCGGUGACGUAUCGUGGGUUUUCGGCUAAAUAUGGACCGGCAGGACAAGCAUCGGGCUACUACAUUUUUAUUAACACCCCAUCAAAUAGAAGGUUUGGCGACACAGCCAGAUUUGUCAGCAAGUCUCUUCCUGCUACAAGCGGUACCUGCCUUUCAUUUUGGUACCACAUGUAUGGUAGUGACAUCAAUGCCUUGAAUGUGAUUUUGAAAUCAAGUCUUAGAAAUACCACCGUCUGGUCCAGGAAGGGMGAGAGUGGUAAUAGAUGGUUAGAAGGAAAAUUUACUAUCAACACCACUAAUACUCAUCAGAUCGUAUUUGAAGGAGUCGUUGGUAGUGGAAUUGAAGGUCAUAUCGCACUUGACGAUAUAUCGCUGAAUAGAGGAGAUUGCAAUAUUUCAAGUUCCUGUCGAGAUCAGAUCUGCUACAACGACGGUAAUCCAUACUGUUUGAACAACACGGGCUACUGUUACUGCUCGAGUGAUACAUACGGAGACAAGUGUCAAUUCGGAGAGCUCAGGUUGUCAGCGAGAAAACCCGUUCAAAAGACACUUGGUGUUGCGUUUCUGUUGAUUCAUGAACACUACCGAUUUGAUACUCUUAUAAACGAUGUAGCACUUUUAUUACUUAACGAAACAGUAAACAUCACCAGUAAAAUCAGACCUAUCAAACUUCCUCGUCAGGGAAACAGAAUCGACGCAGGCAAAACGUGUUACAUUACAGGUUGGGGGAGUUUCAAUAAAUACAGAAGUCAUCCUAAAAUUCUUCUAGAAGCUCCUCUAAAGAUCGGAAAUGACAGUAUUUGUGGAAAGGAAAGGGGCGUGAAAUUGACCUAUGAUAUUGCUACCAUGGUUUGCGCUGGAUCAGAUAAAAAGGUAGGAUGUUAUGGUGACCCCGGUGGACCUUUAUCCUGUUAUGAAGGGGGGCAGUGGAUCCUUCGUGGUGUGACAAGUUGGAGAGGGGCUCUAUGUCCCAAUUUGAAAUACAUGGUGUUUGUACGUGUGAGCAGUUUUAAAAGGUGGAUUUCCAGAGUUCAACAGCUAAAAGGAAAUCUGAACUGCACCUUUGACGAAACCAAAAACUCUCUAUGUCAACCCUUAUGGCAUCAAGAUAAAUAUAAUGAUAAUCAUGACUGGAGUCGCAAACGAGGACCAUCAGGGAUUCACAGUCCUUCGGCAAAUGAUACAAAGGAUUCCAAUUUGGGAUACUAUUUGUACAUCGCGGGGUUCGCUGUGAAGACCGAAGCAAACAGAUUGAAAAGCACAUUCCUUAAUAUCACAGAUGGAUGUCUUUCAUUCUGGUAUCAAAUGCAUGGCAGGGAUACUGGUAGCUUAAGCGUUCUCUUAGAAAACCGUCAAGGGCACCUCAAGAAUAUUUGGUCUAGAAAAGGACCAAGUGGAAAUAGAUGGCUGGAAGGAAAAGUCAGUCUGAGAAAUCCGGGGAUUACUUCGAUUAUAUUUGAGGGGAUUCGUGGCGGUGGAAGGGAAUGCUUCAUCGCAAUGGACGAUAUUGUUCUUACCAAAGGAUUGUGUUCUAUUUCACAAUCCUGUCGUGAUCAGACCUGUUACAACAACGGAAACGCAUACUGUUUGAACAACACAGGAUACUGUUACUGUCACAGUGGUUCUUCUGGAAAAAAUUGUGAAUUCUUAUCAUACAACUGUAGCUUUGACGGAGGGUUAUGUCCUUGGUGGGAUCAGGACACUACAGAUGAUAUUGACUGGUAUCGUUAUCAAGCCCCCAGUGGAGGAGGAAAUGGUCCUUUCAGAGAUCACACCAAAGGAUCAGGAUCCUACUACUUCCUUCUKCCUAUCUACACACGACUUGGCGAUAGAGCUCGCUUGAUAAGCAAGAUCCUCCCUGCCACAAAGCAUUCAUGUUUUACAUUUUGGUAUCAUAUGUAUGGGAGAAAUAUAAAUACCUUGAACAUCCUGAUGAACAAAUCUGGUCAGCAUACUGUUGUUUGGUCUAGAAAAAUACAGAGUGGCCUUAAUCGAUGGCUUGAAGGAAAAGUCACCUUGAAAAGUGACGGACAAUUUCAGAUAAUAAUCGAGGGUAUUGCUAGCAAGAGUGUAUUUAGUCGAGAAGAAAUUGCUAUCGAUGACGUCUCUAUUGCCAAUGAGACCUGCAGCAUUUCAAAAUCCUGUCGAGAUCAGCAUUGCUAUAACGAUGGUCAUGUAUACUGCUUGAACAACACGGGACAUUGCUACUGUCCUGAUGAUUCUAUUGGUCAGCAAUGUGAAAGGUACAGAUGUAACUUCAAUCAAGAUGCGUGUUGGUCUUUAUGGUACCAAGACUGGACUGACGUCUUUGAUUGGACGAGAAACGUGGGUCCAACACCUGUUUCAAAUACKGGUCCAUCAACAGACCACAUUAGCAAAGACACAGUCAAAAUUUCAAAUCAAACAUAUAUAGCAGUCUAUGCCAGCUGUAAAUACACCGCCAUUAACAAGUACAGUGGCCGGUUUACGUCACCUAACUACCCUGAACAUUAUGGCAACCGAGACAGCUGCAAUUGGCUACUGACUUCCAAUGGAAGAAUUUCUAUAUCAUUUGAAAGUUUUAACACUGAAUGGCGCACAGAUUACGUUUUCGUUUACGAUGGUGGUUCGAGCUCGUCCAGAUUAAUUGGUCAAUACAGUGGUACCAAAAUUCCACCAAAACUGACCAGCUCAUUCAAUCAGUUGUACGUUACAUUUAUUCCACGUUACUACUUCACAAGGACUGGGUUUUCGGCUAAAUACGGACCUGCACUAUACAUACAGGGUCCAGGCUACUACAUGUACCUGAAAACUGACUCGAAUACAAGAUUUGGCGACACAGCCCGCUUUGUCAGCAAGCCUCUUCCUGCUACAAACUUGACAUGUCUUUCAUUUUGGUACCAUAUGUAUGGUARUGACAUCAAUGCCUUGAAUGUUAUUUUGAAAUCARGUCUUAGAAAUAUCACCGUCUGGUCCAGGAAGGGAGAGAGUGGUAAUAGAUGGUUAGAAGGAAAUGUCGCCAUCAGUACAAAUGACACUUUUCAGAUCGCAUUUGAAGGUGUCGCUGGUAGUGGAAUUAAAGGUCASAUCGCAUUUGACGAUAUAUCAUUGGAUAAAGGAGCCUGCAAUAUUUCUGGUAGGUUGUAUCUCAGACAAUUUUGCUCCGUUGUUAUUUUUUUCCUAGGGCUACGCAAAAUGCUCUGGCUAACGACCAUGAAGGUAAAGGGCAAAUUAUAUUGA